GCCUGCUAUCAGCGGCUCUACCUACCUGGGCCCAGGUAAUUGUGCCUUCAGGGGCUGGGGCAAGGGUCAGAUCGCUGGUAAUUAUCACCGCGUGCUCCGGGCGUCGUUUCCAAGGGCUCCAAGAUCCAUCCGACUCUUAUCGACCAUGGCCCAGUGUUUCCCUACGCUUGCGUGAUGGCGCUGCCAGAAAACCCUUUCGCUUCCUCCUCGUCGACGGCCUGCUAGCCAUGCGCGCAUGAUCGUAACCUUAACAAUCGCCCUCAGCAUUCCUAGAACCGGGCGCGCGGCAUCCCUUUUUCGUUUUCAGGAGCAACGUGCAACCGUCUUUCCCCAGCCACCAAUUCUGCUGCGUCCUGUCACGGUCUCCUGACCGCCCCCCCGGCGCCAGAAUGGCCUGGCUCGACGCCCAGUCGCUCGCUGCCGCCGUUGUCAUCGGUACAAUCGGUGGCAUAGCCGUCAUAUACGCCGGGUUUCUAUGUCUCUGCGCCAUUCCCUUUGUCCAGAGGAACGCCGUGUACGCCUACCGGAUAAACUCGCUACUCUGGUCCAACGUCAACAAGCCAGAACGAUGGGGAUUCGCAAAAAACCAAGUCACGCCUUUCUGGAUCAACGUCCCGGGAAGCGAGAGCAAGGUGUACGCAUGGCACGUGAUGCCGCUUAAUGUAUACGCUAAGCACGAAGAGAGGCUACUCAAACAGGCCGAGGGGCCUCAUGAGGACUUUACCCAUACAGAGACCUUCAAGACGAUCAAGGCUGAUCCCAACAGCCGCGUUGUCAUCUCGUUCCAUGGGAACGCAGGCCACAUUGCACAAGGAGUGCGCCCUCAGCACUAUCACUGCGUGGCAAUGAUGCCGUCAACCCAUGUCAUCACUAUGGACUACCGCGGCUUCGGCCACUCGCCGGGAUCCCCCACUGAAGAUGGACUGAUCGCCGAUGGUAUUGCGACUGUCUACUUUGUGCUCCACGUCCUGGAGAUCCCAGCCUCCCGGGUCGUUAUCAUAGGUCAGAGCCUUGGCACGGCUGUGGCCUCGGCUGUGGCUGAGCGCUUCUCCCAGAAGGGCAUCGACUUUGCCGGCAUCGUCCUUGUCGCCGGCUUUAGCAGCUUGCCAACCAUGUUGAGCGGGUACGCCAUAGGAGGCGUUCUUCCUGUGCUGAAGCCGCUGACGUUGUGCCCACCUCUCCUGCGGAUGUUUAUGCGUUGCGUGAUCGACAAGUGGGAGUCGGCUAAUCGACUCGCUGAAAUGGUCCGUGUGGUUCUUGAGCGAGACGGACACAUGCAUCUACAGUUGGUCCACGCUAUAAACGAUGGAGAUAUCCCGUGCAUCGAAUCGGACAAGCUCUUUGCCGCCGCCGUCAAGGGGGCUGCCGAUCUGGACGACAAGGCCUUGGCAGAUCUCAAGGACGAGCUAACGGUUCGUAAGGGCUUGGGCUUCUCUGCACUGUAUACUCAGGGCCACGUCAAAAUAUCGCAGGAGCUGGUCACAAAUGGAGGACACAACGACGUCAUGCUGUAUGCGGCCGUUCAACUCACCCUGACGCGGGCUCUGGAAGGCUGUGUAGGACGCGACAUGGACCACUAGUAGAGUAGCUGAUCGACUGGGGCAAUUCGCGAUGGAUGGCAUAGGCUAUUUGCUAAUGAGGGCAAGAGUGGUGUUGUGUUCGAUUCCGUUCGGUUAAAUAUACUAAUAAUUGGACUGAAAGUUCUAUUCAGCUGCCCGCCUUUAAAAUGAAGAGGUAGCACGAGGCUGCAAUAUAUCCUGCACUGUAGCUAG